ACCCUAAGCUAGGUUUAUAUAGCUUGGUUUACAUAGCUUGGUUAUUGACAUACAUCGUCUCCAUCCGGAUAGUUGUUUCGCUGUUUCACCAUGCUCCUUAUCGACGGCGGGCCCGUCGUGCAUCAGCUGAGGCUUUGUUUACAGGACCUUCCGCUGGACAUUCUCGGGCUUAUCUGUUUCUACCUACUUCCCAUUAACCCGCCCAUAGACCAAGUUGCCAAGCUACACAGUCCAGCGUUCACCUUCGUUCCCGUGAAGUGGCUCAGGUACAUGACACCCAAUGCUCCACCUGCCUUCCGGCCGGUGACCGCUCUCUACUUUGACCAAAUGCUCGAUUUGGCAAGCUUGGCCCGUACCUGUGUGGCCUUUUACUCGUAUGUUACCAAAGUAGCAUUUGAGAUGACACACUACUAUAGAUUGAUUGACCACAACACCAGUUUUGUCAGAGAGAGCUACCUCGGCUCGUUCGUUGGUGCUCCUGACCUGCGCGUAAUCAGAGAGGUGUCAGAGAGGAAACAAGCCCAAUGGAGGGAUUUGCUAGCCUCAAGGGCAAGCUUGGUUAGCUCUAGCUUUAGCCAAGACUGGAACUUUGUCCAGAAGCGCAUCUCAUAUUUGGAAGUGGCUACGUUUGAAGAUUUGGAGAGGUUCUGUGAAACUUCGGCGAGGUUCGGUCUUGACUAUGUCACUGCCAUCAAUGAAUUGAAAUUGUUGAUCCUGGUUGAUAACAUGAAGACAGAUUACCCUCCCUGGAUAUUGAAGCGGUUGAUGGUGAAUUCGUUGGCCGUGCAGUUCCACCCCGAUACGUGGGGUCAACUUCUGAGUCGGGUGUGUUUUGAUCGGGUGAGUCGUUUGGAUUUGUUGCUAAGUCUGAAGCUCUUUGACGGAAGAAGCCCUGUAUUACAGACGGGGGUUUACGAAAAUACCCUGAGCCACCUCUUUCCUCUGCUAAAACACCUAUACAUCUAUCUGGAUUGCAAUCCCGCUGGAAUAUUGGCUAGUGAGAAUUUCUCAACCCUUUGGGAGUUCUCCCGGCUCGAGCUGUUUUCGGUACGAUACACAAAAUCUCACGAUGUUUACCGGACCAAAAACAGCGGUGGGAUGAUACGUCUCCUUCACAGGUUUACCCGUGUCCGGUCGUUUUCCUCGAGGUGCAAAAUCCUGCUUGACGAAAAGUUCAUCGGUGACUUUGUAACAAAACAGGCACUUGAUGAAAUUGACAGCAUUCUAGCCCGCGAUACGGGUGCCAGGGGGGAAACCAGUCGUCUAAAUUGCUUUGAGUGGACCGAAGAAUCCUUUAUACAGGUUACCGACGCGGCAAGCUUGGAAAGACUCACUAGCUUGAUUGCUUUCCUUUCUCCGGCAAAGCUCUCAUUCAAGUUUGGCCAACAAGUGGAAGUGCCGUACAACAGCGAGAUAAACUUUAUCACAAUGCUAUUGAAGAGACUCGUAGCCAAAACCCGUGGGGCUGUUACGGUUGAUAAGGUGGCGGUAGAGAUGUGCUGGAGGGUAAUCGACGAUUCUGUUUUCUACAAAGCAUACAAAUCUCAAGGGGCCAAGUUGCAUUCGUCUGGGAAGCCUACGCUCAGUCCCCCCGGUUCGGCCCUUCCGCCCCAGGAGAUGCUGGUGGCACCAAUUGUAGGGCCAUGGAGUAGAUCAGGCCAAAACUUCACGCGCUACCGCCAGGUAGAAAACUAUCUAGUAGGUUAUUCCCCCUCGGUUAGUUUAACUGUUGACAGAGAUGGGGAGCCCGAGCAGGAUCACUUCUGGAGCAUUGACACCUGUCUAAAUGAUUUCGAGCAGUAUUGCUUCCCUGCAAAAAAGCGAAGCAGUCUUUGGGAUUAACCAUAUAUAAGCAUUAUUAUUUUACCAAAGCAAAAAUAAAAACCACUAUAUGGUACACCCAAUUGAUGAAUUAUGCUGCAGUGUCAUGCCCUUUUGGCGGGGUACAACAUUUUGAAUGUGGCAGCUAAAUUCAUGUAGUGGGGCGUUCUUAAAAUCACUUGUGACUUGCUUUUUAUUUCUUUGCGUUCUUCACAGAAUGCAGGUGUAUAUUUCAGUAUACAUGUAUUUUUCGCGCCGGCGCGAUUGUCGAUCCCCUCUCCUUGCCUCUCGCUACUGAGCGCCGAAAAGGCAAAAGGGCGAAAAACUUUCACCUCCA